AUGCCACCCAAAAGCACUUUACUCAUCGAGCAAGGCACACAUGUGGCUGCCGAUCGACGGCAAUUCAAACUCAAAAGCCAGACCCCUCUCUUGCAGCGUCACCGGCCGAGUAUGAGGCGCUUCGUUCGCAGAAAACUUCAUGUUGGCAAGGAAGCUUCAUCGAUGCAAAUUGAUGAUGCAUCCAAGGACCCAGCUUCGUCCACAAGCUCGUUCACACCCGACGCAGCCGUACAGGGUGACUGCAGCUAUGGAAUGCAUGUCCUGGUCGCAAAGCCACAUGACGAGGCGGGCUUGAUUGACAUUGUUGCUCUGCACGGCCUCAACGGACACUACUACCAUACCUGGACACUUCCAGCAACAAGAUCCAGCCCAGCAUGCAACUGGCUGGAGAGAAGCCUACCCCGCGAGGUACCUAAAGCCCGCGUCAUGUCAUACAGCUACGACUCUGCUGUAUUUGCCAAGUCGCAGGCGAGCAUUGGGGAUUUCGCCGAUCUGCUGCUCCAAGACCUUAUGGCGGAACGAUCAUCAGUGGCGGAGAAAGAACGUCCCCUGCUGUUUAUUUGUCAUAGCCUGGGCGGCAUCGUCUUCAAGAAGGCUCUUAUUCGCGCACGCGAACGAGAUCGAUACGAACAGACAUUGCAGAAGGUCCGCGGUGUGGCAUUCUUCGGCACCCCGCAUCGGGGUUCUUCCAUAGCGGAUUGGACAAGUAUACUUGGCAGAAUCUUAAAAGCUGCCUCUCCGGGGGUCAAUGCGAACACACAAUUGCUGGAUAGCCUUCGAACGCAGUCAGAGGUCCUAUACGACAUAUCAACGUCCUUCGUAGACCGAGGGAAAGGUUUGAGUAUACUCAGUUUCCUAGAGACACAAGCGUUACCGCCUUUAAACACGAUGGUUGUCGAUAAAUCUUCCGCCACCCUGUUCGUUCCAAACGAGACAGUCGUUCCCCUUCCUGGUGACCAUCGGUCGAUAUGCCGAUUCUCAAACACCAAAGAAUAUGAGCUGCAACGAGAAACCGUCCUACGUUACAUAGGCCAGGUGUGUGAAGACAUGUUGUGGACUGAGGCCACUUUCGUAUCCACCCUGUCACAUGCGGAACAGAGGCUCUGCCUGAAGCAACUUUACCCGGGGAAUUAUGAAUCUUUCAAGGACUUCAACGUCGAAAGUGUUCCAGGGACUUGCGAGUGGGUCCUGAGACAUCCACAAUACCGAAGCUGGAGCGAAGGCGACACUUCAUGUUUGUUAUGGGUAUCAGCAGACGCGGGCUGUGGCAAGUCCACUCUCGCAAAGUUCCUCGUCGAUCGCCUGCGUACUAUUAGCUUUCCGGAGAAACCACCAUUCUCCGUGUGUCAUUUCUUCUUCAAGGAAGGGAUCAGCGAACAAGAAAGCACCGUUCUCGCCCUCCGUGCGAUCUUACAUCAGAUCUUUACAAGGGAUCGUGCUCUCAUGCGGCAUUUUCUCCCUUCAUUUGAGGCGAAAGGUGAAGCAGUGAUGAGCGAGCUCAACACGCUUGUCCAAGUUCUGACCUCAAUCACGCGUGACCCUGAGUCUCCCAGCUUCAUAAUUGUCUUCGACGGGCUAGAUGAGUGUUCAGAGGCUCAUUUACGUGGGCUGCUCCAGGCUAUAAACAGUCUCUAUCAGGCGGACAACGAACCUACACGAGCCUCGCAGUUCCUCAAGAUCUUGAUGCUCAGCCGUCCAGAGAACCUGAUCAAGAACACUCUGAAGCGCCAGCCGAUGACUAUCCGCCUUCGAGGAGAGAAUGAGAUAGAAUCAAUCGGAAAGGAUGUCUCGUUAGUCAUACGCCACUUACUAGGUGGAUUGGAAGAGGAUGGCAUACCACACGACCUGCUCAACGAGUUUGGAGAAAGUCUGGAGCAUGGGGCGGAUAACACCUUUCUUUGGGUCACCCUGAUGAUACAAAUCCUCAAAGACCGCAAUCAAACACAAGGGGGCACAUCUCGAAAAGAGAUACGGCAGCUUCUCAGCGAUCACAGCAUAUAUUCAGUAUACAACCACCUGCUCAAGAAAAUUGGCAAUCACUCUGACACGCGGAAGAUGGUCGAGAUAAUACUCGCUGGAUCUCGGCCUCUGUCGAUCCUCGAAAUGGGCACUGCUCUCGCGUCGUCUCCUGCACAUUGCACUUUGGAGGACGUUGCUAACGACAUCAAGUAUCCAUGUGAGGAUUACGUGAAGUCAUUAGGCGGUCACUUCAUCAGGAUUAUUCAUUCUGAAAUUUUUCUCGUUCACCAGACCGCUCGUUCAUUCCUUCUCAAUUUCCACGAGGUUGCAAGUCAAGUCUCAAGACCUCCGCGGGGGUUGGGAUGGCAACACUCCUUCACAAUAGAUGCUGCCCACUGCACCUUGGCAAUGGCCUGCAUAUCAUAUAUGGUGUGCGUGGAACGCUCCCUUCAGAAUUGCAGGGCUCCCUUGAUUCCAGCUUUCGCGUAUACUGGACCAUCUGCUUUGAGGAAUGAGGUUCCGCAUGUUCAUUCCCAGGAUGAUACAGUUGAUAAGAUCCAGUGGGUUUUGCCUUCAUGGAGCCCUGGAGCAUGUACGACAGUCGGCCAUGAUUUUGACAGCUCGUGCGGCCCAUUCUGGUGGUAUGCUCUGGAGAGUUGGAGAACCCAUCUCAGCUCCUCGGCGAAAGCUGGAGGAAGGCAAACCUUGAUUGACAAGGUCUGGGAGCUCUGCCAAAUAGUGCCAAACGAGCCGGGAUACCCCUUUUGGACCCGGCAGCAUUGGUACCUUUCUCGGACCCAACAUAAAUUCCUCGAUACGCAGUUUCGAGGCAGGUGCUGGGACCGCGGGAGCAACCUGUCUCCAGCAGCUAAGAUAGCAAGAGUCGUUGCAGGGAUCCAUAUCACAGAUGUCAUGACCCGUUUCCUCGAACUCCACACGGGCGCGCAUGUUGUGGACGGCGAUCCACUGCUACACAUAGCCGCCGCCCUUGGGAUGAUCUCGGACAUUUUAUUGAUACUUGAGAAUGGGGCUGAUAUCCACGCGCUGGACUCUGAGGCCCAGACCAUUGCACAUCUAGCUCUGGAGAAUAAUACGCUACAAGACGGUGGACUGGAUGACGGUGAUGAUGCACAGGACAACAGUGAACGGCUCGGCCCCAGUCUGCUACGUCUUCUGAGCUUCCUCAUUAGCCGCGGCGCUGAUAUAAACUCUCGAGGGUGCGAAGGAAACACGGCGCUGCACUGGGCCGUGAGAGCCUGCACCGCUGCGGCAGUGAGAAUGCUGCUACAGCUUGGGGCAGACACAUCAGUUAGGAACUACGCUGGAGAUACUCCGCUAUGGGUAGAAACACCAGAGGAUUGUCGCGAGCUGGUAGAGUUGGUACUCGACCAGGCACCGCACAGCGUCGAGCCGAGGGGGGACACUAUCGUCCAUAUCGUCCACCAACACGGGAGCGCGUCGAUGAAGAGCAAGAUUCUUCCGCACGCGGCUGACCUUGUCAUCUUGGACGAUGAUGGACACAAUCCCAGUCGAUUCAUUCUACGGCGGUCGACUGUCAAUCCAGAUGAUAUCACAGAACUACACAGAAGGUAUGGCAGAGUUGCUGAGGAUGAGGAUGUGGAGAUGGACCCCUGGCAUCUGAAACGAAAGUUUUCAGAGCUGUUCUAG